GCUCAGAUCUAUUCUCAGAUUAUCAGUGGUUUGGCUAAAGUUAAACUGAAGCAAGUCUAAAACAAGACAUAAGACAGCAGCUAAGCAACACCAGUGGGCCAAAACAAAUAAAUAAUUCAAGACUUCACCUACCAUUGCUAUAACAACUGUGCUCUUAUUGACUGGAAUACAGUACUCAUUUGAUAUUCUGUAGAAAAAUUGAUCAUUUUCAAACUUCAAUAAAUAGAUAGUGGUAGCUAAAGAUAUGCCAAUCAGAGUAAAGGAUUUACAGGGAACUGAAUACUCAAUUCCUCUCUAUGUUGGAGGAAACACUGUUCUUGAGCUCAAGAAGCAGCUUCAAUCAAAAUCAGGUAUAUCACAGCAUAGACAGAGGCUGAUAUACAACAAUGAGAUACUGGAGAGCAAUGGAACACUAUUGUCACAUUAUGGGAUCACUGAUGGUGUGUGUCUUCAACUUGUGGUAAUGGCAGGUUGGAUUAUAAGAAUCAAUAAUUUACACAAUCCUGGACAAACAAUAGAAGUAUUCUUGAAAGGACAUGACUGUGAAAAAAUGACAGUGAUGGAUUUAAAGAAGGAAAUUGCUAAGAUUCAAGGAGAAGCAUUCAUGAAAUUAAAUGAAAUACGCCUGAUGAAGAACAGCCAAGAACCGAGAGACAUUACCACAUUGAGAGAUGCAAGAAUUGUUGAUAAUGACACACUGUCUAUCAAAAAGAAGUGCUUUCCACCAAUGAAUGUCCUUGUUGCAGGAUACAAUGCAAAAACUCAUAAUAUAGUCAUUACCCGUGACAAUCCAGAGGAGACCACAAUUGCUGAAUUAAAGAAGAAAGUUGAAGAGAAGACUGGAGUGAGGCCAGAGGAACAGAGGCUAUGCUUUGGUUCAAAGCCCCUCCUAGAUCACCAUAAAUUUGAAGACCUUGGAAUUGGAAAUGGGUCCACCAUAUUCCUUCUAGCACGUUUGAAGGGCGGAGCUGCUCAAGGAAUGAUAGCUCUACUCAGGGAGAGCCCUACAAAUACCAUCAACAAUGUGCCACACUGUCCAAUAUACAGAGCAUGCCCUCACUGUGGUACCCUACUGGAGCACACUGGAGGAUGCAAUAAUUUCACAUGUCAUUGCUGCAAGAAGAACUUUUGUUUUAUAUGCCUCUCAUUAGGAGACAAUGGCAGAUUAAGCUGUGCUGGAAGGUGCCUUGUGGCAAGUAGACAAACAUACAUCGUCACUAGGUGAAAAUCCACAGAAUACUUGAAAAUCCACAGAAUACUUGAACAUCCACGUACAUUUAUUUGAUCAUACAUAUGUCAUUGAUAUUUGUAAAAUACUUUGCUUGUUUUCUGUUUAUUAAAAACAAUUUUAAAAAAUUCUA